UUGUGGCCACUCUGUUAUCUUUGCUGUGACUAUAACAUAAAAAUUUCUAUCACCUGUGCAAGAGGCAUGGCUGAGCAGCUGGAAAAAUCAUCCAUUUUGGACAGAAACUUUGCUUUCAUCUCCAUCCUUCUCUUCCCAAGAGCCAAAACCCCAAUCCCCUUCUCCUUUAAGGUAUCCUGAGUUCCUGGCUGUCCUGCUGGGAUGCUGCAAGGCUGGGCAGCUGGCAGCAUGUGGCCUCCAGGGCACAGCAACAGGCUGGGGCUGCUUCUAGACCAGGGAUUGUAAAUCUCAGGCUACAGGCAGGUAGGUCUGGCUGUUCCUCAGACUCUGCCCUGUAACUAGGAGUGAAACUGUCUUGAACAGCACCCCUGACACUAGUGAAAGGGAAGAAAUUGAAUUCAAUGUACAGGAUGUGGUAUCAUUAAGCACUUCUGCUGUCUAACCCUCUCGUUUUUCCCUUUUGUGGUUUGUGUGAUCUUCCUGCUGGGCCAACAAACAUUUAAAGCUGUGGAUUUUUCCCCAAGUUGUGAGACUUUUAGUUGUUCAAGCCACUUUGUGUGUGGGGGAGGGUGAGCUCCAGACUGAUGUGUGUGGAAGAUCACAUGGAUAUGUGACUUCUAAAAGUCUUCAGGGCUGUCUGCUGGAGGAACUUGGAGCUCUGGGGAGAGGCUUUGCGCACGUCUCUUGGGAAAUUCUAAAAUGCCAUGGAAAUAACUACUGACCAAGGAAAGGAGGGAUGUGGAGAAGAUGCCAGGCAACAAGGAGGCUGGCAGCAAUUUCCUGUUGGAGCUGAACCCUGGUGAAUGAUUUCAGAGCACUGAUGUAGUCUGUGGGAUGGCAAGUGACUGUACCCUGUCCCUCAGACACGGAGCUGCUGUCUCGUGGGACCUUGCCCAGGAUGGCAGCUUGAGUCAUUUAAACAGUGCAGGUGUCUCCUGCACUGGCAGCUUCUCAGCACUCACCAGCACUUGCAGAUGAUGAUGAGACUUGUGCCAAAUUUGAGAAGGGUGACGAGGAUGAAGGGUGCAGAUCGGAGCAGCUGGCCAUGAAUUUUGUGUGUUGCCCCUGUGGUUGCUGCUUGCUUUUGAUGUGAAGACAGAUGGUCCAGAAGAGCCCCAAACACGGUGGCAGUGCUUUGGACAGGGCUGCCAGCCACUCUCCCAGCUAUCCCUGGCAGGCACGUGCAGUGUUACAGCAGUGAUCCAUGGAGAGCUCCCUGAGGGAGCCUGCUGCUCACUGCUCUGCCUGCUCCGGCCCUUGGGGAGGCAGCUCGAUGUGGAAUUGAUUGCAGGGCUGUUGCUCUCGAGGGGUUCCUCUGCCCUGCCUGCUCCUGAUGGGAUCAGGGACGAGUCCUGCAGGCUGUGAGUGCUGUCCCCUGGCCGCCCUGACAUGGGAAGCUGCUAUUCCCUUAAUCCUGUGUGGUGGGUGAUGAUGGGCUGGUGCAUGGAGCCAGUUCCUGCUGUCCUGAGCCUGAUCCAGUGUGACACGCUGUCAUUUUGCUGCAGUAUCAUUAAGAUGCUCCCAACUCUGUUCACUCCUAGCCCAAAGAAGAGGGCAGGUGCCUGGAGGACCAUGUUCUCCUAACCUGACUGUGAUUUGGGCUGCUGGCCUAGAAAUGAAAUGCUCCAUCAUGGCAUUACCAGUCAGUCAUCCCCAUUCCUGUGUGUGCAGGCUGCCUGCUGACACAGCAUGGAUGUUUUUACCUUACUGUCCCCCGUGCUGACUCCUGCAGUUUACUUUAUCCUGCUGUUUUCUUAGUGCUGUGAAACAGAGUUAAUAAUGUUGCUGUGCCCUUUACCCUAAUGAGGAUAAUGAAUGUUUUAGACUGGUGUAAUGAGACAACCCUUCAUUUUUUUUUUCUGAAAAGCCAGGAGGGAUUCUUGAUUUCUGUCUUGCCGAAGUUAUAACAUAGUCUGUGAUGCCUUUGGUGUAAAUUUUGGUGACAGAAAUAUUUCUGUCAUUCAUGGGACACUUUGCAAUGAGAACUUUUCCAUGUUCAUUUGAAGGGCGGGGAAAUUUUAAAUUUGGAACAGAUGGAUUUUCUCCAAAGGCUUCAGGUUAAGUCAGCUCUAAGGAAAUGACAGUCUUCAUAUGGCACUGAUUUUUUUUAUUUUUAUUGACUCUUAUUUCAUUUCAUUCCCUCAUUUUCAUGAAGGAUGUUGUUCCCUUCUGCUACUCCUGCACCCAGUCUAACCUAAGUUCGUGCAAUGUUUUUGAAGGGUGAGGUGGUUUCAGGAGGGCAAAAUGCAGCAGUCAGCUCUCCUGUGAGCACUGUAAUGAUAGAAAACGGGCAUAAAUCCUUUUUGUUUUCUCACAUCAUUCCCCUUUGUCACCUGUCUGCAGGUCUGAUUUGGCAAAUAGAGCAGGUAUUAGUGACCUCCCCACUGUGAACCGGGGUGGUGGGGUGGUAACAAAGGCUCUUUGCACUUAUAUGAACAUAUAAAAUACUUAGAAAAGUCAUCUAAUACCGCUGUUGGAGAUGUACUAGUAGGUUCACACCCGGCUGCAUGCACAGAAAUUGUGGGUUUCCUUGGGCUGUCAUUUCUAGGGAUGGAUUUUUGAAGGACCUGAAGAUAAGUUUGCUAUCGGUUGGUGGUGAUCAGGCUGUACUUGCAUAAUGAUAGUAAUUUCCUUCUUCUUAUAUCUUAAAUUUGAUUUAUAAGACCAUGCUGCAGUGUGACUUUAAGUGUUUGUCUCUGCUGGCAGUUGGCAAUGUAUUAGCUGUGAUCCUUUACAGAAAUAAGUGUUCAGUGUUGGAGCUAAAUUGAAUAAUAAGGUGGUGUUUGUGUCUUAAUCUUCCAAAUAGCUCUGUUAAGUUUGCUACAUUGAUGUCUGAAAGGCUUAAAAAUAAUAAACUCCAUUGUACAGAGCUUUGAAUACAGAGUGGAAGCUUAGUAAUUGCUGGCAUUUCAUGGGCAGACUCAGUAAAACAUGGCAAGGAGGCAAUUCUCCCAGCACGCCUGAAUUUUUUAAAAGAAUCUCCUUGUAUCAAGGCCUUGUGAUCCACAAGGUACAAAGUACAUCCAUAUAAAUUCAGGCUUGCGGGACUCAGUCCAAACCCCCAAACCCUUUAAUUGCACGGUCAUGUCAAUUUAAAACACCUUUUGUCUUCCUCAUCAAUCUGCUGGGAGUUCUUUGCAUCCCCAGCUUUUGGGCAGAGUAGGUGGAGUGGGCUCAUCUUGGGUGUCAGCAGAGAUUUGGAGUCAUGAGCCCCCAUUCCAGUUCCCAACCUUUUGCUCUUCACAGGAAGUGGGAAAAAACCUAAAUACAUGGUGGUUUGUUUCUUUUUAAUGAGGUUCUCAGGGAAUCAAGUGUCAAAGGAAAAGGUCUGAAGUCAGGGAUCUGGCUUUGCUGUUCUUCUCAGAAUAUGUCUGUAGUUCCCCUGCAUCCUUGUGAAUGAGUUUUUAAAUGGGGAGUUGCAAAGAGCAACUAAGGAAAAGGCUGGCUGGACUAGCAGGCAUGAUUUAAAAAACAAACAAACAAAACCCAAAAAACCCUCCAACCAACCAGUCCCCCCCCAAAAAAAGAAAACCCAAACAAAAACCCCCUAAAACAAAACAGGAGAAGGAAAGGAGGAGAAUGUGAUUUGUUUAUCACAACUGAACUUGAAACUAAUUUUAAAUGUCUGUUUUCUGAGAGUAAGGAAAUUCCUUUCGCUUCCAGCAGUAAAUAACUGGGAUGCUUUCAGCUCACAGCUGAUCUAGAGGAUGGUGAGUUUUCAACUUAAAAAAUAAAUGACUCUCCAGUAAGGCCACUCCAUUCCAAGUGUCACUAAACAGCUGGAGGAAGAGGAGAGUCCUGACUGGCAUGGUUGAUAUCACAAAUAACCCUUGAACUUUGUUCUGUGUCGCUGAGCUCUGUCCAGAGUGUCUUGACAAAUGGUUUUGAGCAAAUACAGUUUCUAACCAGGGAGCAAAUGACCAGGACUACAUCUGGGUGGCAGGUGCGUGAUCCAGAUGCCCAGAUUUUGUCCAGAGAGAUCUCAAAUCACGUCUCAAAUCCAUUUUUCUCUUGCUAUCAAUCCUAAAAGACAUGGUUCAGUGGCAAAUAUGAACAUUUGUCAUCUCCUCAGGACAUCAUGAGUUUGCUGGAAUCUGGACCACAGAACACUUGCAAUAGCGCUUUCUAAAUUUGAAUUUCAUUUAAAUGAAAGAAAAAUAGUCCUCUGGACCAACUGUAACGAUGGCUAGCAAAAGGAAAUCCACAACUCCCUGCAUGAUACCAGUAAAAACACUGGUGCUUCAGGAGACCGAACAGGAUGCUGGAGAAGAUGAUCGUGAAGGAACACAGCCAGAGGCUCCUGCAGAAGGACCAGCAGUGAGUGAUGCUGGGGCCAGCAACAGCAAUAACGGAGCUCUGUCCAACGGGCACCGCGGCAUUGCCGACGGUGACACGUACAUCUGCAAGCCUUGUGACUUCGGCUCUCAAGACCUUCACCAGUUCUUUGGGCACUUGGACUCUGAGCACUCAGACUUCAGCAAAGAGCCUGCGUUCGCGUGUGUCGGGUGCAGCUUCCUGGCCAACAGCCAUGAAGGGCUCUCACACCACAACGCUGAGGCGCACGCCGGCGAGACCAGCUUUGUCUGGAGGGUGGUGAAGCAGGACAGUCGUACGACCGUGGAGCAAAGUCUCUGUGAGGCCACCAGCAGCUAUGACCUGCCAGGAGAGGUCCCUGAGGAAGGGGCAGACGGCCAGUCUGAAAUUAUCAUUACCAAAACCCCUAUCAUGAAGAUAAUGAAGGGUAAACCCGAGGCCAAAAAAAUCCACACGCUGAAGGAGAAUGUGUCAAGUCAGUUGGGUGGUGAGUCAGAGGUGAAGGAUGGAGAGCAUUCAUUCCCAAAUGGGUCGGUGCCAGUCAGCCAGCCCACUGCAAGUUCAUCAAAGUCAUCCCACAUAGUGAAUGGCUCUAUCAUAGGAAACGUGCCUGUUCUGCAGGCGGGUGUUGCACAACUUGUGUCUCUGCAGCAGCAGCCCCCAUUGCAUCAGCAGCUCCCUACAUCCAAGUCCCUUCCCAAGGUGAUGAUCCCACUGAGCAGCAUUCCCACAUACAAUGCUGCCAUGGACUCCAACAGCUUCCUGAAAAACUCUUUCAACAAGUUCCCCUACCCCACCAAAGCUGAGCUUUGCUACUUGACCGUGGUGACCAAAUACCCAGAAGAACAGCUGAAGAUCUGGUUCACUGCCCAGAGGCUGAAACAGGGCAUUAGCUGGUCACCAGAGGAGAUCGAAGAUGCCAGGAAGAAGAUGUUCAACACUGUCAUUCAGUCUGUGCCACAACCCACCAUUACCGUGCUGAACACGCCCCUGGUUGCAAAUCCUGGGACUGUUCCCCAUCUUAUCCAGGCAACAUUACCAGGCCACGUGGUGGGCCAGCCAGAAGGGACAGGGGGGCUGUUGGUCACGCAGCCCAUCAUGGCAAACGGGUUGAAGGGCACCAGCUCCUCUUUCACCUUGGCAGUGACUUCUGUCCCCAAGCCACAGCCGGCAGCGCACCACAGCACCGUGAGCUCCAGCAACACGUCCGGGGUCAAGGUGGUCAACAGCGCGCAGUCCCUGCUCACCGCCUGUCCUGCCAUCUCCUCGCAGACCUUCCUGGAUCCCAAUGUCUACAAAAACAAGAAGUCCCAUGAGCAGCUCUCGGCCCUCAAAGGCAGCUUCUGCAGAAACCAGUUCCCUGGCCAGGCUGAGGUCGAGCGGCUGACAAAGAUCACGGGCUUGUCCACCAAGGAGAUCCGAAAAUGGUUCAGCGACAGGAGGUACCACUACAGGAAUGUGAGAGGCGGCCGGGCCGUCUUCCCUGGAGACAGUGCUCUUGAUUCCCUGCCCGAAAUCACCUUAGACGUCCCACCCAGGGGAGCUGAGCUGAGCCCUGCAGCGGUGGCGGCUACGCCGGCCCCUCACCACCCACCACGGCGGCAGUCGUGGCACCAGGCGCCCGACUUCACCCCGACCAAGUACAAGGAGCGAGCGCCAGAGCAGCUGAAGGCCCUGGAGAGCAGUUUUGCCCAAAAUCCCCUUCCUGCAGAGGAAGAGGUGAACCGCCUGAGGGGGGAGACGAAGAUGACACGGAGGGAGAUCGACAGCUGGUUCUCGGAGAGGAGGAAGAAGAAGGUGGCGGAGGAGAAUAAGAAAGUGGAGGAGGUGGCUCAACAGGAGGACGAGGAGGCAGAGAAUGGCGGCGGGGAAGGGGAAGACUCCUCGGAUGAGCAGAGGGCCACGAGUGAAAACGGCUCAGUCGACGCCUCCGGCAGCAACCCGAACUCGGCGGAGCGGAAGGUGAGUCCCAUCAAAAUCAACCUGAAAAACCUGCGAGUGACCGAGUCCAACGGCAAAAACGAGGUACCGGGGACCGGCGCAAAUGAAAAGGGGGACGGCAGCUCCAGCCGGCCGCCCACCCCUCCCAAAACCAAACUGAACUUCAAAAAAACGGCCCAGCAGCGGCAUCUGCUGAAGCAAAUGUUCGUGCAGACCCAGCGCCCCACGAACCAGGAGUAUGAUGCCAUCGUGUCCCAGACGGGCCUGCCGCGGGCCGAGGUCAUUCGCUGGUUCGGGGACAGCCGCUAUGGCUACAAGAACGGGCAGCUGAAGUGGUAUGAGAACUACCGGCGGGGGGUCUUCCCCCCGGGGCUGGUGGAGGUCAGCCCCGCCGGCCGGGAGGUGCUCGAGGACUACUACGAGAAGCACAAGGGGCUGCGGGAGGAGGACGUGCCCGGCCUCUGCGAGCGCGCCCGCCUCGGCGCCCAGCAGCUCAAGGUGUGGUUUGCGGUGAAGGCGGAGGAGGCGGGCAGGGGCUCCGGCCCCGAGGCGGCCGGCAGCCGGAAAGGGCCGUGCGGAGCCGGCGCGGAGGCCUCGGAGAGCGGCGAGGCGUGGGAGCCGGGCGGCCAGGAGGGCAGCGCCGGGACCCCCGACGCCCCCGGGCCACCGCCCGCCACAGGGCUGGAAACAGACUGAACUCAAGCCACCAGCCCCGGAGGAUCCUCUCUUACCCUUGAGAAGAAAUUAGCGAUCUUUAAGAAACCCAUGGGCCGGCCUGACCCAAGCCUGAGGAGCAGACGUGGUGAUGAAGCACUGCCAUACAUGAGACCUUUGGGCACAGCACACGAGACAGCACGUGCACAAACUGGGCACUCGGUGCUGAGCUCUUGGUGGCCCAGCCAAGGAGAUGGCUGGGAGCUGGCAGGGGCAGGGGCUCAGCUCACACCCAGGAAGUAGGAUGCUCCUGUUUGCUUUCCAGUGACAGACUUUCAGAUUUCAUAUUCAUAUACCGAUGCCUACAGCUGCCUAUACAAGCAUAACAAAUCUCAGACAUUGUGUAAACAAGGUCAUUGCUUAGAUAUGGACUAUCAUGGCAUAGUACUUGUUUCUUUUUUCUUUUUUUUUUUUUUUUUCAUCUGUCCAUUAAGGUGUUUGUUCUCUGAAGGUUGGCAUGGCUGCAUAUAUCCUCUCUGUCCUUUCUGGUCCUUAAGCCCUGGCAGUGAAGGGCUUUGUGGGCACACAGGUGUGAGUGUAUUAGGAAAGGGAUUUGAGAAGAAAACUGCCAAUCUUGAAUUUGAGUGAGAUUCUCAUCCCUCCAGACGAGGUUAGAGUGAGCAUUGCAUACUCUCUGAUAAGCAGCAGGUUCCCAGACCAAGGCAGCCCAGGAGAUGGAGUUUGGUGUCAUUUGUCCCUUGCUGGCUAGAACACUUUCCCCUGUGCUGCUGGAGACUGACUGUAACAGGCUGUUAAAUCUCCAAGUCUCUCUUUAAUAUCUGAGAACUAGCACAUAAUAAUUUUUGCAUCCUGACCUGGAAUCCUUUUCAUUGUUUGGAGAGAACAGUCUGUUCUUCAGAGAACAAACGCAGAGAGUCACAGCGUGGCUGUGAGUGGUUCAAGUCAUUGUUGUCACCAAGGCAGUGGCUCUGCUGCCACCAGGAAGUUUCCUUCUUGCAGCCCUACAUGGCAGAUCCUCCUGCAGCACUGCUGGUGAUUUCAAGAGUUUGUUCCAGUCCUUUUUCUUUUCUUAUUUUUCCCCCCCUUUUUUUUUUCCCAGGCCAUGUGCAAUAGUUCUGGAAAAUGAGCAAAAUAAAUUUCCCAGUUAUCCUGCCUGCUACCUGUACAUUUUUAAUGUGUGCUGUCUUGUGUGGUUGCUGUGUGAUGCAACUGCUUGGACAUUUUUGCUUUAAAUAUUCUUUUCUAAUAGAAAACAAAGUCUAGAAGGGAAGCUCUUGAGCUGAAUAGUCCAGCCAAAUGCUGUGUCAGAUCAUUCUGUCACAAACUAAUCAAAUCCCAGCUCCAAAUUGGUUCCAUGUUUUGCCUUCACUUUUGCUCUUGGAAGGCUAGUCCAGAAAUUGACUGCCUUUGAGUGGUUAGAAACUGUAUUUAAAUUUCUAGUUUGAAUUAAUUUGUGGCUGGUACAUUCCUGGUUUGUUUUGGAGCCAACAUUGUCCUUUAACUUAAAUAGUUUUUUGGUGUUUAUCUGCUGAUGUAUUUAUGGAGAGUAGUCAUAGCUCUCUAUUUUUUGCCAAGCCAACUCAGCCAAGCUUUUUCAGUAGAAGGUUUUUAUUUAGUGAGAGCUUUUUAAUGUGGGAGACUUUAUUGUUGGUGGUAAAUGAUAUUUAUUAGGAGGGUGGGUAGCAAACCCCAAAGGAUCGGAUCCAGAGAUUUACAAAAUAUCUGUUUUAAAAACAAAAAAGCUCUUUCAGAACCUCUGCCAAAGAUGGUGUCUGAUUUCUACCUUUAAUUGCCCUUGCUUUUGGAAUUCUUUCUUCGCCCCCUCUUCCAGAGGCCGCCUUGCUCAGCUGCUGGAAGGGGCUGUGGCUGCUCAGUGCUUUGGCAGAGGCUUCCCCUUGCCUGGUGGGAUGUGCUGGGUGUUUGUGCCUGAGCUCUCAGGGCUUCCCUGGUGUGAGACCGUGGCCAAGUGUGACCAUCUGCUCCAGACAGAGGUGACCUGCACCCCACAGAGAGCGGGGUGACGCCUGGGAUGUGGCCACUCACACUGCAUGCCACAGGCAGAGCAGCCAUCCCACCACGCUGUGAGCAGGGGUGCCUCCGACCUGGAGCAGCCUGUGUGGCACCUCUCCCUCAGUUUGCCUUUGGGAGCCCUGCUGAUGGUCAUGACACAGCUGGAGGCAUGACCAGCAGCCAUCCCACCUUGGCUGGUGAUGGCUCAGCUGGUGGCAUCCCCGUGGCUCUCUUUGGGGACAAGGGACAGCUGUCCUGUGAUGACAGCCCCAGGGUCUCACCCCCAUGCGUGCAGUCCUGUGCACCCCAAAAUAUCAGAGAGGGUGGCAGAAUGUGGGUGAUUCUAGAGCUGAAGGCAGAUCUGGGAGUUGUGCAGCCUGAGAAUAUGGAUGUAUGUACAGUGUCACCUUCAGAGAACAAAUACAGGUAGGUCAAUUUACUCUGUAGUGUCUGUGUACAUGCAGGUUUAUUUAACUACACAUAUAUACAGUUCAAAUAUGCCAUUGAUUCUUUAUUGCAUUAUGAUGUACAUUAAAAAUGUACACUUUUACUAACUACUUGCUAUAUAAAUACGUUGGAAGUGUAGUUUGCCCAUUCAAGGUGAUUUUCUGUGGGAUUUUUGGUGUACACUUAAGGGCCUAUGGCUGAUUUGGAAGAGUGAUCCCCGCUCCAUCUACAGGAAUGCUUAAGGACUAUGGUAUGAACUGGUCCCUUCAAACCAUGUUUUGAUGCACUAGCUGAAAUAUUUUGCACUUGGAUUGUAUUCAGCCAGUUUUCCAGAAAAAUUGAAAAGAAAUCUUGUGACCUAGAGGGAGAAUUUCCCGGUGUACACAGAAAAACCAGCCUUGAGGGUUGGAAGCUGCUGAGGUUUUUGAGCUUUGUCUCCAUGCAUUCAUACAAGCACAGCAGGAGUUUUCUUUCUUUUGGGUCGGAGGAAUUUUAAAAAGUGGUUCCAUGCAGACUCCCCUCGGACAUGGCAACGGGGCUGGCAAAUGCCUGUGCGUGGGGAGGGUAAGAUUUAGAGACAAAAAAAUAUCAAAACACGAUCGAGUUCCCUUUCUAACUCCUACAUUCCUUGUUAUCUGCAUUUUUUAGUUGACUUGAAAUCUCCAUAAAAGUAUAAGCUGAAGAUUUUUGAGGGUUUAGCUCUGUGGUCUUCUGUUUCUCUGCUGAGGAGGAGAAGCAGGUGCCAUCUCCAAACAGACUUGGUUUUGGUGCAGGACAUUGGAAAAGUGUUUGCAUCUGAAACUGAAAAAUUGAGAGGUGGCUUGACAGUCCCAACAGCAGCUCUUGUGGUGUUAAGAGGAAGUGUCACCACAGUUCUUCGCAGUGUGUGAAUAUUUAUCAUCAUCUAAUCAAAGAUGACUAUCUUGACUUGAAAGGGGUGUACAAUCGAGGUGAUGUAGCCAGCAUCAGUAAGGAAGGGAAAUUGGAUUCUCCACCUCCAUCCACUGUGCCUGAGCUUGGGCUUGGCAGGCACAGCAGAAACCAUCAAUUUUAAUCCGUGUGAAUCUUGUUACUUGUGUCUCUGAGGCUGCUUAGAUUAAGGGCACAAUCCAAUUGCUUAAUAACCCAAAACCCUGAUUUGUUCUGGCCCUGGCUUGCUCAUGGGAAGGGCUGCUGAUUCUCCUGGUGCAAGGAACUGAGUUUCUUUAUUCAUUGAUGUCAGCAGCCCCUGCCAUGGGAUUUCUAGACAUUUUUCCAUGUUUCAUUUGGGUACCUUAUUUUUCAGCUCUGUAAUUAGCAUCCUUGAUUUUUUUUCUUUUUUUUUAGCAGAACACCAAACAAACAAUGAUCUACAGGCUCCUAUCUCCACUUACUGGAGAGCUGAGUGAUGCUGCAGCAUGGUGGGAGGAUGGGCACAGGUGCUUGCAGGUACUUAGUGUGAUUUCAUGUCCCCUCCCUGAGUUGGUCACCAGGAGAAGCCACCAGCAAGAGCAGUGGCUGCUGGCAGAGAAACACUGUAGUCCUUAACCUGGUUGGAGGAUGCUCACCAGAGCUGGGAGAUACCUGCUGGGUUAAUUUUUAUUAUGUGUCCCCUGACAGUUCAAGAGAAGGAAGCUGUAGUAGGCUGGUUUUUCAUUUAGGGUUUUGGGUAUUUAAUUUUUUUAAUGGGAAAGCAACAGAUUUUCAUCCCCUGCAGAAGUGUUAUAUUGUUCUCCCUGCAGCCCCUCUCUUACAGAUAUAACAGAAGCAAACUGAUCAGAAGCUUGCUUAUUGGGAAUCAGAAGAAAAAGAUUAUUUUCAGCACUUGGGCACAAAUUACAAAGUGAAUGGGAUGCUGCACAUUCCCAUUAGGGUGACAGUAUUCAAAAUGCUUGUAAAGGUCUUCUCCCUGUUGCCCAGAUAAUUUUGGCUUUGCUCUCUUCAAAUCAGUCCAGGUCCUGAUGUGAUUCAGCUCACCUGUAAAGCUCUGGUGUCACUUCUCAGCUGCUCCCAAAACCAGCAGGGUAAGAUUAGGCAACACAACACAUGGAGGGGAAUGAGGCACUUGCAGGCUAUCCCUGUUCUUCUUUUUAUUGAGAAAUUUAGUUUCUGCUGUAUGUUUUACUGGCAGUGGUGUGUGCCAGGAUUGGCAUCAGAAAACUUUAAAGCAGAGCAAGGGAGCUCAGUUAUGUAAGCAGUGAAUUUUUUUUUUUUUCUUAAUUUUGGGUUUUCUUGUUAUGGCCCAAGUGCUCUGUUGGCUGACGUUUGCCAUAUUCUGAUGGCACAAUUAAAGCCCCUUUUUCCCUGUACUGAUGGAAGGUGGUGUUAGGAGGAUUCUUGCUUACUGGUGCUAGUGAAGGUUGGGCUAGGAAUCCAUGGCAUAGAAAAUUUCUAGCUAAAAUUGCACUUUCUCUCUGCCCCAUCUGGCUCGUGGUGGUGUUAUGGGUACGUGGCUGUGAUUCCCCUUGCACAUACUGACAUUGCACUAAAAGAGAGACUUUGGGAACAGCGUGUUGAUCACUUUGUUUCUCAGCAGACCACAAAGUCAGCCUAACGGGGUCUCUUUUUUUUUUCUUUUUUUUUUUUUUUUUAAUUAUUGUUAUUUAGAAAUCAUGCUGGUGCUGAAUGACCUGGAAUUUUUGCUUGGAUUUAUCCAAAGGAAAAUGUAACUGUGGCUGCAACGGGACCUUUCAUAAGGGUGGCCGGUGCAGUGAGGGAGCAGGGUGAGAGCUCUGCUGUGUAAAGCUGUCUUUGUACCGGGGAGGUGUGGGGGGUUCCAGGGGGGUUACUUUGGUUUUUUUUUUUCAAGACCACAAUUUUAAAUGGUCACCUUGGCAAUCGUGUGAAACAGGAAAUAGUUUAUACUUUUGGUAAAGGUUUUAAAGAGGAAACAAAAAAAGAAGCUGCCUGUGAUUGUGGGCUGUAGCUAUUAUUAGGGCUAGGGUAGCUUGUACGUGCUAUGGACUUUACCUGCUCUUAUUCUGAGGGCAAGAACUCCCUGUAGCAACAAUGCCACUUCUGAGAAGUGAACGGCAAGUUUCCCUUCCUUUUGUAUAUGUGGAUGUGAGGGUGGGCAAGGGGAAGAGCUUGCUUGUACAGUUUGUUGAAAUGAAACCAGACAUUUUUGGUUGUUCCUAAAUAAAGAGCGUAAAAAUCAAA